AUGGGAUACCUAGAUGGGUCUCUGGACAGAGGUCUGAGCAGUAAGAGGAUCCCACUGUACACCAGAAUUGGAGAGCGCUUACAGAAAUACUGGAACAAUGCUGACGUGAGCCAAGGCGCUAGAAGCCACAUCUGUUUUGGGAUGAAGUCGGCUGAACAGAUGAGACAGCAGGCUCAUAUCCAAGUGGUCAGUAAGAACCUGUACAGCCAGGACACCAGCCAUACUCCUCUACCGUACGGAGUACUGGAUCAUCGCAUGGGCACCAGUGAGAAGGAUCGUCCUUGUGAGACGUGUGGGAAGAACCUGGCUGACUGUCUGGGACACUAUGGGUAUCUGGACCUGGAGAUGCCCUGUUUUCAUGUGGGCUAUUUCAAAGCCACCAUUGGAAUCCUACAGGCAAGACCAGUGAAGCUUGUUGUUGAAGAUCCUCCCGAGAAAUACAAGACAAUCAAGAAAGUGGUGACAUUGGGCUUGCUUAACAGGGCUCAGGAGAACCUGAGUCCUCUAGUGGUGCUGAACCUCUUCAGGAGGAUACCAGCGGAGGACAUUCCCCUGCUCCUGAUGAACCCUGAGGCAGGUAAGCCUGCAGACCUCAUCCUCACCCGCCUGCUGGUACCUCCGCUCUGCAUCCGCCCCUCUGUCAUCUCAGACCUCAAGUCGGGUACUAAUGAGGAUGACCUCACCAUGAAGCUCACAGAGAUCAUCUUCCUCAAUGAUGUCAUCAAGAAGCACCGUAUGUCAGGGGCCAAGACCCAGAUGAUCAUGGAGGACUGGGACUUCCUCCAGCUGCAAUGUGCUCUCUACAUCAACAGUGAGCUCUCUGGCAUCCCCCUCAACAUGGCCCCUAAGAAGUGGACCAGAGGCUUCGUUCAGAGACUCAAGGGCAAACAAGGGCGAUUCCGUGGAAACCUCUCGGGGAAGAGAGUGGAUUUCUCUGGGAGAACGGUCAUCUCUCCGGACCCCAACCUGCGGAUUGAUGAGGUGGCUGUCCCUGUGCACGUAGCCAAAAUCCUGACCUACCCAGAGAAGGUGAACAAGGCCAACUUGGAGAUGCUGAGGAAGCUGGUGCGGAGCGGUCCAGAGGUCCACCCUGGAGCCAACUUCAUCCAGCAACGACACACGCAGAUGAAGAGGUUUCUGAAGUACGGGAACCGAGAGAAGAUGGCCCAGGAGCUGAAGUUUGGAGACGUGGUGGAGAGACACAUGAUCGAUGGAGACAUCGUCCUCUUCAACCGACAGCCCUCUCUACACAAACUCAGCAUCAUGGCUCAUAUUGCCAAAGUGAAGCCUCACAGAACGUUCCGGUUUAACGAGUGUGUGUGCACGCCGUACAACGCUGACUUUGACGGGGAUGAGAUGAACCUUCACCUUCCCCAGACAGAGGAGGCCAAGGCUGAAGCCCUGGUGCUGAUGGGGACCAAAGCCAACCUGGUGACCCCCAGGAACGGAGAGCCUCUGAUUGCUGCUAUUCAAGACUUUCUGACAGGAGCCUACCUGUUGACCCUGAAGGACACAUUCUUCGAUAGGUCUAAAGCCUGCCAGAUAGUGGCCUCUAUCCUGGUGGGGGUGGAUGAGAGGAUCAAGAUAGCUCUCCCACACCCUGCCAUACUCAAGCCCAUGACUCUGUGGACAGGGAAGCAGAUAUUUGGUCUGAUCCUGAAGCCCAGUAAGGCCUGUCCAGUCAAGGCCAACCUGAGGACCAAGGGGAAACAGUACAGUGGGAAAGGAGAGGACCUCUGCAGCAACGACUCCUUCGUGGUUAUCCAGAACAGUGAGUUGAUGUGUGGUACCAUGGAUAAGGGCACGUUGGGCUCUGGCUCCAAGAAGAACAUAUUCUACAUCCUGCUGAGAGACUGGGGACAGCUGGAGGCAGCCAACGCCAUGUCUCGUCUGGCCCGCAUCGCCCCUACAUACCUCUCCAACCGGGGUUUCUCCAUCGGUAUUGGUGACGUGACCCCAGGCCAGGGUCUGCUGAAGGCCAAACAGGACCUGCUGGAUGGAGGCUAUGCCAAGUGUGACGAGUACAUCGAGGCCCUGAAGACAGGCAAACUGCAGCAGCAGCCGGGCUGCACGGCUGAGGAGACGCUGGAGGCCCUCAUCCUGAAGGAGCUGUCUGUUAUCAGAGACCAUGCCGGCAGCGCCUGCCUCAGAGAACUGGACAAGACCAACAGUCCUCUGAUUAUGGCUCUGUGUGGCUCCAAAGGAUCCUUCAUCAACAUCUCCCAGAUGAUCGCCUGCGUGGGCCAGCAGGCUAUAAGCGGCUCUCGAGUGCCCGACGGCUUUGAGAACCGCUCGCUGCCGCACUUUGAGAAGCACUCUAAACUUCCUGCGGCUAAAGGGUUUGUAGCUGACAGCUUUUAUUCAGGGCUGACGCCAACAGAGUUCUUUUUCCACACUAUGGCCGGUCGAGAGGGCUUGGUGGACACCGCUGUUAAAACAGCAGAGACCGGAUACAUGCAGAGGCGCCUGGUGAAGUCGCUGGAGGACCUGUGUUCCCAGUAUGAUCUGACGGUACGGAGCUCCACUGGUGACAUCAUCCAGUUUGUCUACGGGGGGGACGGCCUGGACCCGGCCGCCAUGGAGGGGAAAGAUGAGCCGUUGGAGUUCAACAGAGUCCUGGACAACAUCCGGGAGAUCAAAAAGUUCAUCAAGUCUACAUCUGAGAAAAUCAAGAAGACCAGGGACAAAUACGGCAUCAACGACAAUGGCACCACCGAGCCCAGAGUUCUGUAUCAGUUGGACCGCAUCACUCCCAGCCAGCUAGAGAAGUUUCUGGAGACCUGCAGGGACAAGUACAUGAGAGCUCAGAUGGAGCCGGGCUCAGCAGUAGGAGCCCUGUGUGCCCAGAGCAUUGGGGAGCCUGGCACCCAGAUGACCCUGAAAACCUUCCACUUUGCUGGGGUAGCCUCCAUGAACAUCACCCUGGGGGUCCCGCGCAUCAAGGAGAUCAUCAACGCUUCCAAGAACAUCAGCACACCUAUAAUCAGCGCUCACUUGGAUGUGGACGACACGCAGACUUAACCAGGCCGGCUGGUGAAAGGGAGGAUUGAAAAGACCCUUCUGGGAGAGAUUUCAGAGUACAUUGAAGAGGUGUUUCUGCCAGACGACUGUUUCAUUCUGGUCAAGCUGUCACUGGAGAGGAUCAGACUGCUACGACUAGAGGUGAAUGCAGAGACAGUCCGCUACUCUAUCUGCAUGUCUAAGCUGAGAGUGAAGCCUGGAGACAUAGCUGUACACGGGGAGGCAGUGGUCUGUGUAUCUCCCAGGGAAAACAGCAAGAGCUCCAUGUACUACGUCCUCCAGUCUCUAAAGGAUAACCUGCCCAAGGUGGUGGUACAGGGUAUCCCUGAGGUCUCCAGAGCUGUCAUUCACAUCGACGAGCAGACUGGCAAGAACAAGUACAAGCUGCUGGUUGAGGGAGACAACCUACGCAGUGUCAUGGCAACCCACGGUGUCAACGGCAACAGGACCACCUCAAACAACACCUAUGAGGUUGAGAAGACGAUUGGUAUUGAGGCUGCUCGGUCCACCAUCAUCAAUGAGAUCCAGUACACCAUGGUGAACCACGGCAUGAGCAUCGACAGGCGACACGUCAUGCUCCUGGCUGACCUCAUGUCCUAUAAGGGUGAGAUCCUGGGUAUCACCCGGUUUGGCCUGGCUAAGAUGAAGGAGAGCGUGUUGAUGCUGGCGUCCUUCGAGAAAACUGCCGACCAUCUCUUUGACGCUGCGUACUUUGGUCAGAAGGACUCGGUCUGUGGUGUAUCUGAAUGCAUCAUCAUGGGAAUCCCCAUGAACAUCUGUUCUCUCUUACACUGA